AUGGAUAAUGGAUCAGUGGUGACAUCAUUCAUAUUGAAUGCAUACACUGAACUGGAAGACCAUAGGUACCUUUACUUCACUGGUUUCCUGUUAUUGUUCAUCCUUAUGGUAUUAGCCAAUGUAAUUCUUAUUACAGUAAUUUACAUUGAGCAUUGUCUACAUGAACCCAUGUAUUUUUUUAUGUGUAAUUUAGCAGUGAAUGGAAUUUAUGGUAGCAUAUCAUUAUUACCAUCAAUACUUGGAUAUUUAUUGUCUCAUACUUAUGAAAUAUCUCUGGCUGCUUGCCUUUUACAGAUCUUUUGCAUACACUCACAUGCUGCAGUUGAGUUUUGUAUUUUAGCAGUGAUGGGUUACGACCGUUAUGUUGCCACUUGCCAUCCAUUACACUAUCACCAAUUAAUGUCUCACAGAAAAGUGUGUGCACUUAUUGCAUUGUCCUGGUUUUAUUCUUUUACGGUUUUUGGGCUGUAUUUCAUAUUAACAGUUCAGCGUACAUUUUGUGGCAUGAUCAUUGAAAAGUUGCAUUGUAUUAACUUUGAAUUAGUCAAACUGUCUUGUGUGGAAAUCUCUAUUCAGAGCAAAGUUGGCUUUGUUGUAACAGUUUUUUUACUUGUUCCACAGCUGUUCAUGAUACUAUUUUCCUAUGCACAAAUACUCAGAAUCUGCCUGCAUGCUUCUAAGGAAUCUCGUGGUAAAGCUAUUCAAACAUGCACCCCACACUUACUUGCUGUGAUUAAUUACAUAGUGGGAUUAUUAUUUGAAUUCAUCCAGAGUCGUUUCAACAUGACUCAUGUACCUUAUAAAGCUCGCAUAUUCAUGUCCCUUUACUUUCUAAUAAUUCCACCAUUGAGUAACCCUGUCAUUUAUGGAAUAAGGAUUACUGCAAUAUGA